UGCCCCGGUGUGGGUUUACUCGAAACUCUUCUCGUCGCCCUCCCCGUCGACGUUACGUACGCAGAGCCGUGGCGUGCCUGCAAGCCAAAUAACAUGGAGUCCUCUGCCUGGCAUCUCCAAGGGAUCCAAUGCAAAGAGCCGAGCAGCGACUAGAGAAAAAACACGCCAAGUUGGUCCAUGUCUCCGGCCCGAGUCUGUCUCCGGCAUCGUCGCGGGACGUAAAGCUUCAGCUCCAGCCUCAAACUAUGACGAACGGCGCUUAGGAGAGGCAGCCUUCCCCCCUGUGCGAUCCGCAAACCAGGCCGAUUUCAAAGAAGAUUGAAGCGGCACCAUGUAGGUGGGCUGGUCACCAGUGGGACUCCAUACUGCUCUCUGGGGGGCAUCGGGGGACCAUGGAGCCAGAAGGGCGGCCCCUAACCCCAGGGACCAGCUAUGGGCCCCCAGCCUUCAACUCAGCACAAAACCCAGUCCGCAACUGCACCUUAGAGUCCUCAUGCUCGCCAGAUCCGAUGUCUGGAAAACGCUCGUGGGUUGGAGAUGAGGGCCCGGAGCCGACUGAAAGCCCUCAGCCCACUGUAGAGUCAGGGAGGAGCGCACAGAGGAGAUUCAAGUCCUCAGCCUUCCCUUCCUCCCUAAGCUGGGACUCUGACUCCGAGAGAGAAACGCUGGAUGAGGAGGAGCUACAGAACUUUUCUAACCCUCACGGUCUGGCUGCUCACAGCCCAGGAUCUCCUUCUUCUGGACUCAGACUUGAUUGUGAAGACGACCAAGAACCGGAAAAACUGCAGCACUUCCAUAGUAAGACUGUCACAUCUUCCCCUGUGGAGGGGCACACGGACGACAACGAGAGCACAAAAACAGAAGAGCCAAAAACAUCUCAGAUUGGCCAGCCAGAAUUGGCAGACAGCAAAGUCUGGAAUGUAUCAAAGGGAGCAGAGCCAUUUCUGUCCAAAGUAAAACCAAAGGAAGGUUGCCAAAUGGAGGAGGAGGCGGCGGACAACAGUGACGGAGAGAAAAGGCUCAAGGGAAAGGAAACCAAGGAGCCUGAGAGAGAUGUGUACACCUUCCCGGGAGACUCAGACCCAGAGAGUCCCCCUCCUGCCCCCUGGGCCCAUUGCACAUUCAUUCAGCGGUGCAGAAAGAAGAGGGUGCUGCUCAGGCCCUUCUCGGGACUUGGCACCUUAAAGCGCACAUCGCCUGAGACUGGCAAGCUAGCAAGACUGAGUCCUCAAAAAUCCAAAACCGCUGAGACUGCACCGCUGAGUCGAGGAGGAGGGGUUUAUGAUUUUGAGGAGGUUAGCUUUGAGGAGGGAGACGUGGAGCCGAUAAAGUUCAGAGACAGAGGUGGGAAAAGAGAUAAAGAGGAAGACGAAAGUGAGGUGGAGCCGGGUAACGAUAUUUUCACCUGCGUGGAGUGUAGCAUUUACUUCAAAAAGCAGGUGCACUUACAGGAGCACAUGAUUGAGCACUGUCAGAGCGGUGCAGGGGGCGGAAGGCGUUUAGGAAAAGGCGGCCGUUUCAGGUGUGUUGAGUGUGGAUGGAAUCUGCCCAAUCGACUCGCGCUGGCAGACCACCACAGAAAGCACCAGGAGUCCCGUCUGAAGAUCCUGGAGGAGAUUGAGAAACUGAAUGAAAACGGGAAGGCGAAAGAAAUUCGGACACUGGACAGUAAGGUAGUGAAGCACAUCAGCGCAGAGCUAGAACCAGUCAAAUCUCCACCUCUAUCCCCAGCACCAGUUCUUACACCAGACACAGACUCGUCAGUCCUCGAGACAAACGCGACUACACCAAAUUCAAUUCGAACCCCAACUCAGGCCCGAGCCGUCUCUGCCUACCGCCGCCGCUUCGUCUGCACCAAGUGUAACUUCAGCACAAGAACAUCCCAGGCACUGGCGAAUCACUCCAAGACCCACAACAGAAAGAAACCCGCUCUCCAGCCUGACUCUCCAUCUCGUGGUUCACCUUCAAGUUUGGCGUCCACUUCCCUGGCCUGCGGUCACUGUGCCUUCCUGACCUCCAGUCCAACCAUACUGAGGGAACACCAGACGCUUGUUCACCCAGGACAGGCAUCUGUCAGUGGGGCACAGGACGACGAAAGCGGCCAGCGUUCACAGUCUAACGGAGGAACGAGAAGUUCAAAACUCACCAUAGAUUCCGAUUCAGGAUCCCCUCUUGAUGCAGAUCAAGCCAAAACCCAGCAAGGAACCUCUGAGGACAGAACAACACCAGACAGCGCAGCAGCAGCUCGGCCCGCGACCCAGGCGGCCUACAAGUGUGUUGGGAACCGGAGAUUCAGCCGAAGAGGGAAGACUUGGACGGAUCUGGCCAAGUUUGAUUCCGAGAUGGAUGAUGACAAGCUGCCUGGGAGCGAAGAGGAAGAGCAGGACCAAGAUCAGAGCAGAGAGCUUAGCAGUGAGCUGUCCCAGCAGGAGACAGAUUCACCUGUAGGAGUAAAACCACACACCAGAGCGCGAUCCAACACAGAUGACAGUCCGUCACAGCAGAGUCCUACACUGUCGCUGCCCUCUAAGAAGAGCGUAAAGGACGAGGACAAGCAGGAGCUGGAGAAGGAUGGAAAGGUUUUCUUUUUGAGGAGGAGCACCAGGGUUACUGCUGCUCCUGCAGAAAUUGACAGUGAUGAUGAUGACGACGACAUUGACGAGGAACGCGUGCGACGUUUCCUGUCAGAGGGCAUCUUGGAUGAAGACAAAGAUGAGAUUGAUGAGGACACAGAGGCACUGAAGAGUGUGGAGAGGAAAUGCCCCUACUGCCCCGAUCGAUUUCAUAAUGGAAUUGGGCUUGCCAAUCACGUGAGAGGCCACCUGAACCGGGUGGGCGUCAGCUACAAUGUGCGUCACUUCAUAUCCCCCGAGGAGGUCAACGCGAUUGAGAAGAAGUUUUCCUAUCAGAAGAAGAAAAAAAAAGUUGCCAACUUCGAUCCAGACACCUUCAGCGUGAUGCACUGCGAGUUCUGCAGCGCUGGCUUCGACACCCGGGCCGGCCUGUCCAGCCACGCCCGGGCCCACCUGCGAGACUUCGGCAUCACCAACUGGGACGUCACCAUCUCCCCCAUCCACAUCCUGAGAGAGCUGUUCUCCAGCAGGCCCGACCUCGUGAUCCCCACGGCUCCCCCUCGGAGCCUGGACUCCCCUGAGGAAGAAGAAGAAGAGGAGGAGGAGGAGGAGGAGGAGGAUGAAGAGGAAGAGGAGAAAGAGUUUGACGAGGAAGGGGAGGGAAUCAUUGAGGUAAAGCUGGAGGGGGAGACGAGUGAGAGUGCUGCUGUUGCUGAUGCACCGCCUUCAGCAUCACCACAGUGGAAGAAGAAAGAGGAGUGUGAAGAUGACGAGGAGGCAGCCGAGGAAGACGACGAUGAUGAUGAUGAUGAUGACGAGGAGGACUUGCAGCUUUCGGCUCUGAGCUCCAGUCCCGGGAAACCAGGCGCCAACACAGACAGCCUCUCUCCGGGGAGGAUGCAGACGCCAAGGUGUCAGCUGGAAGUCCUCGUAUUUAAGUGGGCUGUGAGGCUCCACAACUUGAAGUGCGAGGUGUGCGACGCUCAGUUUGAGACCAGGCGUGGACUCUCCAGCCACGCCCGCUCUCACCUGCGCCAACUGGGCAUCACCGUCUCCGAGAGCAGCGGUGCGCCCAUCGACCUCCUCUACCAAAUCUCCAAGGAGCGAGACGCGGACAGCAAACUGAGCUCGUCUCUUCUGGAGCCGCUCGCAGCCAAGAGCUCCCCCCCGUCUAUUUCCCCGAAAGAUGAGGAGCUAGACGACAUGGACUUGGACGAGAAGCCCAUCCCCCUCUCCAUCCUGGCCAAAGCGGCGAAAGCAGUGCCACCCUCUUCCUCCUCGACGCCCACACCUUCUCCCGGUGCCUCUCCAGCUCCGUCUCACUCUGGCUCUCCUUCCUCAGUGGUAAAGAAAGCCCCCAUUUCCUCUUUGCUGCCUGUGUCUUCCCCCUUGCGGUCCCCAGAGCACAAGGCUGGGGGAAUGAAAAGCUUGACCAACCUCUCUGCCCCGUCCACCAUCACAACAGCCAAACCCCUCUGGGCACCGCAGGAGAAUGACGCUCCUCUCAACCUCACUCUGGAGGUAGACCCCAACAAGGACAUUGUUUGCCAGCUGUGCGGCGCCUGGUUCGAGACCCGGAAAGGCCUAUCAAGCCACGCACGAGCCCACCUGCGGCACUUUGGGGUGGAGUACUCUGAAUCCAAGGGCUCUCCCAUCGACCUCCUGAACCAGCUCAUCGAUACCGACGACUUCAAGCACAAAGCCAGUGCGCUGCAGCUCAACAGCCCCACCGAGCCACGGGGUCUCACCACCACCUCCACCACCCUGUCCUCCCCAAAGCAAUCCAUGCUGACACUCUCCUCCUCUUCCUCUUCAUCGCUCCUCUACAAGGUGACCACAACCGGGAGCGGCUCAACGUCCAAAGCUACCUCUUCCUCUGCCUCCUCGUUACUUGGCCCACCCGCCAAGCGUGCCAAGUCCUCUUCCAUGCAGGUCUUCCGCCUCAGUAGUGGGGAGCUCAUGGCACUUCCACACAGUGAACCUCCAAAGGAAAUAGGCUGUGAAUUCUGUGGGGAAUAUUUUGAGAAUCGCAAAGGGCUUUCCAGUCACGCCCGCUCCCACCUGCGCCAGAUGGGCAUCACCGAGUGGUCGGUCAACGGCUCCCCGAUCGACACCCUGAGGGAGAUCAUUACAAGACGGGGCCUGCCCUGCGCCCUUCCUGUAAAACCCCUCAAAACCCCUCCUCCAUCCUCCCCAGGACCCCCUCGUUCCCCUCUGUCGGCCUCCUCGUCUCCCUCGGCCACCCUCCUCAGUCGCCUGCCCUUCGCGUUCGCCCGGCCCUCCAGUCCCGCUCAGUCUGCGGCGUCCAAGUCCGGCUCGGCUCCACCGUCGUCCCGAGCGGGCAGAUCUAUGACCCAUGAAGUGGAGCCUACGAGGGAUAUCCGCUGCGAGUUCUGUGGGGAAUAUUUUGAGAAUCGCAAAGGGCUCUCCAGCCACGCCCGCUCCCACCUGCGACAGAUGGGCAUCACCGAGUGGUCGGUCAACGGCUCGCCCAUCGACACCCUGAGGGAGGUCAUGCACAAGAGAGGGGUGGGCGGCUCCUCUCGCUCAGACCAGGGAGUGAAGAAAGAAUCGAGCCGAGGAGCCAACAGUCCUCCAUGGGAGACCGCGGGAGGCGCCGGCAGCUCCGAGGGUUUGAUCGUUUCCGGUUACCAGUCCUCCAAAUACCGUAAAUCUCCUCUCAGUUUGCUGCAGUCGGGGUCCAGGCUCCACAAGCAGGGUUUGGGGUCCGUGGGCUCAUCUGCUGCAUCGUCUGCAGGGAAGUUCUUCAGGAUGUCUCCGCUGGGUAAGAGGCCUCUGUCUGAGGAGGCCCAGUCGGUGGAGGCUGCCCACUCAUCGCCACAUCAGCUCAAAACUUUCUCGCCUCUUCCGCAUGACUUCUCCUACAAAAGAAAACCCUCUCCAGACAAGCACGGACACCAAGAUCCCAGUUGUGAGCUCUGCGGCUUCUACUUCGAGAACCGUAAGGCUCUAGCCAGCCACGCGCGAGCCCACCUGCGGCAGUUCGGUGUGACUGAGUGGUGUGUAAACGGAUCGCCUAUCGAGACGCUGAGCGCUUGGAUGCGCAGCAGGCCUCAGAAGGUGCUGGAGAUGCACCGGAGCUACAUGCAGGGUAACCGCUCAACCCUCAAGAAGAAGGCCUCCUCUUCCUCCUCCUCCUCCUCCUCUCAGUGGUCUUCUUCUCUGGCUGUCAGCCUGGUGCGGCCACUGAGCCAUGAGGUCAGCCAGGGCUCUUCCAAGACCGCAGAGGGAGAAGCCGGUACCAACUUCCAGGCCGUUCCCAUCAGAGCCGGUCGGAGCAGUCCCAGCCUGUCGCGGCUCGGCGGCGGCGGCGGCCUCCCGCUUCAAGCACAGGUGGCACGCAGCGAGCUGAACGUCCGCCUGCCCAGAGGUUUUGAGCGUCGGCCCCUGAAGCACCCGUCUUGUCCAGAUGGAGCAGAGAGGGACAGCGGCCCUCCUAAACCCCCGCGCACAGGCACCGUCCCCGCCCUGGUGCCCAAACCUCCAUCCUACCCGCUGGUCAAGCUGGUGGGCAAGUUCUACACCUUGAAGUGCCGGUUCUGUGAGGUGGAGUUCCACGGGCCGCUGUCGGUGCAGGAGGACUGGAUCCGACACCUCCAGCAGCACAUCCUCAAGAUGAACUACAACAAGUCUGCUGCUCCCAAAGCGGCCGCCGCUGACCCCCCCGCUGUGGCCGACGAGCCGGCCGUGGUCCAGGCCUCGGCCCCGGCCUCCACCUCUACCUCCAGAACCACCUCUGCCACCCCGACCCGCACUACAGCUCCCAAGAGCCGCUCCCCCACGCACCAGGCCGAGUGUGCUGCCACCGUCACUGCCACAGAGAUAGUCCAGGUCCCAGAAGAGCAGCCCACCCUCACUCCCAUCCCCCUCUCCACCCAGACGACUGUUGUUCAGGAGGAGCGUUCUCCCUCCAAAGAGCCCUCUGAGCCCAAGCACCUUUGAAGCAGCUUUCUAGACUGUUACUAAGUCCCGUUACCAUGGGAACGAAGCUCUCCUGGCUUAUCGACGCUCCGAGGAUGAGUGAUUACGGGAGGUUAUGAGGAGAGAUGAACUAAUGUUUUGUGUUUGCCUUGUUUUUAUUGAAUGUCCAGGUGUUACCGUGGACUCUUACUGUACCUCUCCCAUUUAUUGGGUGAUUUAGGGGUUAAUGUAGCCCUUUAUCAAACCUUAACCUCCCGUCUUCUACAGCUGUUCCCCACAUUUCCCCCUUAUGAGCAGCGCAUUGCUUAGACCUGAGAGAUGUUGACCUUUUCUCGUGGUGGAGGCUCCAGCCUGUCACUGAAGGGUCCCGACUGAGAUUAAACGACGUUUCUAAUCAUUCUAGUCUCGUGGUUGAGACUUUAAACAUGUAACACUUAGUGUUAAAAAAAAGAGGCACUUUUAACGUUGACAUUGUCACUCAGCACUUAAUGAAACACCCGUUUAAAUGGGUUAAUGUGGACUGACGCAGAUUAAUUCUGAUUGGAGCAAGAAGUGGAAGCACACACGAAAAGGGAAAACGUCCCCCUAGUUAACUUUAUAAUGUAAUACUGUCCCCUUUCAUUGACAUAAUUUUGCUUGAAUGUAGCUUAAAGCACCUAAUAAUACCUUAUAUGCACACAUUCAUACACAAUCAAACAUUUGGUCCAUAUUACGAUCGCAGUGGCGUUUCUGCUGUGGUGUUGACGGCACGGUUGCUUCUUUUGGUUUUCGAUAAGUGGGGCCACAGCGGUCGAGGUCACACAUUUCAGUUUCUAUCCACUCACAGUGUUGCCAUUUUUCCUUCCUGCCUUUUUUCGAUGUAACCCAAAAUAUUUAUUUAUUAUUUUGCAUCUGAAUGUGGUAAGCUAGGUCAUUUAAAAGCUAACGUAUAACUUAGGAAUGUGUGAAAAUAGGUCAGCGGACAAGGCGAGUGUGGGUGUUAGUUUGUAUGUUUGUGUACAUACAUAGCAAAACGUGCAUUUUGUUUCCCAUUCGAAAGAGAAAGACAGCAAAGUAAACCUGCUUGAUAGGAAGACGCCUCCUUAGCUCAAAGUGAACUAAAUGUGGGAGCCUGUCUGUCUGUUUUAGUCUGAUCAGGACUUAAAUGCAUCCAUCGUCGUGUUAGGAUGUGCCAAAGAGUCUGUUUACUUCCUUGUCUUGCCUCUGUAAAAGCUGUUUACAUUGGACCUGAUGGUGGAGGAAACUCUGCACAGCUACCGAGUUCCCCGAGGCCCCCACACUGAACGACGGACCGAACCGGCGGUGAUCUGCAUCCACUCCACACACCGCCGACUCUCCCCGGUUUUAAAGACUCGGGCUACUGGAGCGGCUUCCUGGGACUCACGUUGUUACUGUAGGGUUAGAUUAUUCCAAUUAAACACAAACCAAACUCGAUUUCAAGCAGGGGCUCCUGAGAACUGUCAGCCCUCAGUCCAAAUAGACACAAACACGUCUGACCUCGGCCUCCCGAGGCUGAAGUCUGGUUCUUUCUGGUUCUUUUUACGUUGCUUCGGCGUGUUCAUAUCAACCCAGAGCUGAAGCGUUCCCUAAAGGGUCCAUGUAGGCUGGCGACCUUUUCAGAGUUUGUUCCGGUGUCGGCCAUGUUUGACUGUUCGAUCCAAACCCCGACCCUUUUAUGGAGUAUAGAUACAUACUAUAUAACUACAUGUACUUAAGAAGCUGUUGAUGCUAGUAGAGCCGUCGGCAGUUCUAUUAGCGAGGUAGUUGAAAAAGAAGUGAUCUUAAUCCCUCUAUUGUGAUUUUUUGAUUUCGACAUUUGAUGCUAUGUAUUUUUUAUUGCUCUGUGCAUUUCUGUAUUUGCAGUCCCGCAAGGUGAACCUUAGAGUAUUUUUUAUUUUCUCUGUUAGUCUCUCCGAGCUGAAACAUUUUGGUGCUGGUGAGAAUGUUGCUGGCCGGGGAGCCGCUGAGUGACUGAACGCGAGGGUAACGUUUUAAUGUGAUUGUCACGUCCUGGUAUCAAAGGACUCUAAUAAGCGGGCCUUAAAGGGGACCACUUUGCAUGGUGAGAUACGAGCCUCCCUCUCUGCAGCCACAGAGUAACACGUUGCUGUCGCCUCUUAGGGGUUUGAAUCGGAGGCCGGAGCAGUUAGAGUUCCCCUUUAGGAUCGCCUGAUCAAGCCUCGGCUGGUGCGACCGGCUGUUUUGCGUGGAUGUGUGCGUGUGUGAGCGUACGAGUGUGUCAAACGACGGUGAGACGACAAUGACAACGAAGAAGAAAACGAUGCAGUCAAAGAAAGAACUGUACUGUACACAAAAGGGUUAAGUUUUAAGUGAAUCAACUCCAGAACAAACAAUAAAUGUGAUUUCAAUUUCA